UGCCAACCGCCAAUACAACUGUAAGAAAGAAGAAGAAAGAACACACCUGUCAUGACACUCAGACACUUUCAGCUGUAUUUAAAAACGUUAGCUUAAUGUAGACAUAACUUAAACUCAGAUAUUUAGUUAUUGUGUUAUAUUGCCAGCAUUUGGAAGUCUUCAUACUUUCAGAUGACGAGGAAAUGCCUGCUUUAACCUCUGCGUCGCUCUGCUGCACUUUAUUCUCUAUCUGCUUCCUGUUUAUCUCUGCAGACCAGAAAAACAUCAAAGCAGUGCCUGGACAGACGGUCACUCUGCCAUGUCAAGCUCCAAAACACAGACAUAUCAUAGUUGUAGAGUGGAGCAGACGUGACCUAGACACAGAAUAUGUCCUUUUGUACCGGGAUGAGCAGUUUGAUCCAGAAAACCAGCAUCCAUCUUUUAAGAACCGAGUGGAUCUGCAGGACAGACAGAUGAAGGAUGGAGACGUGUCUUUGAUUCUGAAGGAUGUGAUGACCGCUGACACUGGAACAUACGAGUGUCGUGUUUUCCAGACAGAAACAAACCAUGGGAGGAGAGUAUAUCUAAAGACUGGUCCCAUCAUCAUCAACCUGAGUGUUGUUCUUCCAGGUCAGUCUGUUAUCAGUGGUAAAACUGUUUCCUUGUUUUUGACCUGAGAUAGAAAUGUCUUCUUACUAAAAAUGUAGCGGUGCAAAAUUUUGGUCCAUUUAUUUAUCCCUUUUGUGGCUACAGAGAAGUGGUCUGUAGAGCAGAUAUGAGGAACACAAAUGUAGCACAGAAAUAAUUCAAUUUUUUUAAUACCAAAUCACAACAGCCACAUCAGGGUGGUUUACAUUAUAAGGUAGACUACAAUGAUAC